CCAGCGCAGCAGCAGCAACAGCAGCAGCCCACGCGCGCCCGGACCCACCCGCGCGCCUUCCUCUCCAACAACUCAGCGAGGAUGGAUGGACGCACGGAUGGACGCACGGAUGGAUUAGAUGUUGCGGUCUUGGACUGAGGGCGCAGAUCAGAGACCACUUCAGGUGACUUCCUCCUCUUCACCUCCGGAUCGUCUCUGAUCACAAAGGAGCGAAAAGAAAGAGCAACCGGAGGAGCGGAACACAGAGAGAGGAGGAGAAGCUCCGCGCUGCUGAGAAAGGCUGCGUGCGCGACGGGAAGUCACGGAUCAUGCUUAUGGGAACUCCCGAUUCCGUCUCAAUAAGAGUGGCUCUGCCUGAUGCCCUAUCAUGACUGAUGGCGAGGGGAGAGUGCGCUUUCAGUACGAUGAGUGCCAGGAGCAGGGGGAGGUGCAGGACGACGUGAGGCUUCCUGUAAAAAGUGAGCCCCCGGGUCAUGAUGCUGACCCUGGAGGAGACCAGGGCGAGGGGAAGAAGGAAAAGAAGGAGGACCAGGAGGUGGUGGUGGAGAAGGGAAAGAGGGGCUGUAGUCGUCCAGGAGAAGGAGCUGAGUGGAGCGCUGAAGUUCAGGAAGAGAAGGAGCCGGAGCUGGAGGUGGAAGUUGGACCAACGCUGGGAGUUCGAAUCACAGCUCCCAUCCGUGACCCGGACUGCGUCUCUGAGGACGAGGAGCAGCAGCCGUACCCCGCCCUGACUCCCGUGGCUUUCUUUUGCCUUAAGCAAACAACGAGGCCACGCAACUGGUGUCUUCGCAUGGUCUGUAACCCGUGGUUCGAGCACGUGUCCAUGCUGGUGAUCCUGCUUAACUGCGUGACUCUGGGGAUGUUUCAGCCCUGCGAGGACGUUACCUGCCUGUCAGAGUGGUGCCGCAUCCUACAGGUGUUGGAUGACUGCAUCUUCGCUUUCUUCGCCGUGGAAAUGGUCAUCAAGAUGGUGGCCCUUGGAAUUUUUGGCUCAAAUUGUUACCUCGGUGAUAAAUGGAACCAGCUGGACUUUGUCAUUGUCAUGGCAGGGGUGAUGGAGUAUUCUCUGGACGGCCACAAUGCCAGUCUGUCAGCCAUCCGUACUGUUCGAGUACUUCGACCGCUGCGGGCCAUCAACAGAGUACCAAGUAUGAGGAUCCUGGUGACACUGCUCCUGGACACGUUACCCAUGCUGGGAAAUGUUCUCCUCCUUUGCUUCUUUGUCUUUUUCAUUUUCGGCAUUGUGGGCGUCCAGCUGUGGGCGGGACUACUGCGCAACCGCUGCUUCCUGGGAGAGGACAUAAAAACAAUUUACAACCUGUCUAUAAAUCCUUACUACAUGUCGGAGGAAGGUGAAGACAGCCCGUUUAUCUGCUCUGCGCCCCGCGAGAACGGGAUGUUGCGCUGCCACAGUGUGCCAAACCACACUGAGGGCGGACUGGAGUGCUCAUUGGCUCCUCCCCUCCUCAGCUCUCCUCUGAUUGGAUCAUUUCCUGGAGUGGGAGGGGCCAGCAUUAACGGCUGCAUUAACUGGAACCAGUACUACAAUGUCUGUCGCCCCGGGGAGCUCAACCCCCACAAGGGAGCUGUCAACUUUGACAAUAUUGGCUAUGCUUGGAUAGCCAUAUUCCAGGUCAUCACUCUGGAAGGAUGGGUGGACAUCAUGUAUUACGUUAUGGAUGCUCAUUCCUUCUACAAUUUUAUAUAUUUUAUACUGCUCAUUAUUGUGGGCUCUUUCUUCAUGAUCAACUUGUGCCUCGUGGUCAUAGCCACCCAGUUCUCGGAGACAAAGCAAAGAGAGAACGCUCUGAUGAGGGAGCAGCGCGCUCGCUUCAUGUCCAACGACUCCACCCUGGCCAGUUACAGUGAACCAGGCUCGUGCUACGAAGAGAUGCUGCGAUACAUUAGCCACCUUUACCGCAAAUUCAGACGCAGGCUGCAGAGGAUGUACUACGGGUGGCACAGUAAACGGCGUAAAAAGGUGAACCCGAAUGGCAGUGGGUGUGGCGGCAACGGUGGCGGCAAUGGGCACGGCCAGGGUUCCAGCAGAGGCUGCGGAGGCUCCGGUCCAGGCACCGCUAUGUGGCUGAGGCCAAUCCACAACCUCCUGCAGAACCAUCAGCAUCAACACUGUCAACUCAGCAACGGCGGGCAGCACACAGUCAGCGUGGCGCCCGAUGAGCACAUGGACAAAGAGGGAGCAGGGGAGGAGCUGGAGAUGAAGGACCGGGAAGAAAGUACAAAUGGAAAUGGCGGCAACAACCCAAAUGUUAUCACACAAGGAGUUGGGUCGUUGCUUGGGCGACUGAACGGGGGCAUGAACUAUCCGACUAUUCUUCCAUCCUUUGUGUGCAGCUACGGCAGUAAGACGCCACCCUCGCACUCAAAGCAGAGUGGAGUCAGUCCUGAGCAGCGUCAGUCACCGUCUGAACACACGGAGAUGCUGACCAAGCUUUACCAACUCAUGGGACAGCACAACCCAAAGUCCUGGGUUAGGGAGGCUGUCAAGCAGAAGAAGGAAUCCUAUUGGUCCUUGUUGGCUGUUGGGACUCCGGAGGCAGCUGAGGAGUACAGGAGGGCCAAGCAGUCCGCAGCUUUGGCUGUUGCUGAGGCAACAUUUCAGAUGUGGGACGAGGAAGCAGAGUCUGGGCACUUUGGGGUUGAUCUGUCCAUAACUGUGGCUGAGGUCGCCAAGGGAGAUGCUAAUCGGUCCGAAUCAGACGACGAAAAGAAAUCCGACAAUUUCGACGAGGAUGAAAAAGUCGAACAGUUCAGAGACACCGAGCUAAAAAUGUACUCUCUGAUGCUAACGGCCAACGGUCACAUUGACCCCCAUGGCACCGUGGCUCCUCCAAUUAUUAUGCGCACCGCAGCGACACCCAUGCCCACGCCUAAAAGCUCAUUGGGCCCCGAGUCCAUUUUGGAGGAGGAACUUUUGUACAGAGAUGGGAUAUCCCAACAGAGUGAAGGUGGACUGGGCUUGAGUGAGGCUGGAGUUGACCAUGUGGGCUCUCGCCGUGGAAGCUCAACAUCCAUAGACCCCUCAGCCUACGACCAGCGGUCUUUAAGUCUCUCGAGUCCGGGUCGGCGUUCUCCUCUUGCCCUCCGUGGUUCAGGCAGCUCAUGGGGGAGCCGUCGCUCCAGCUGGAACAGCCUGGGAAGAGCGCCAAGCCUGAAAAGGCGAGACACCAGCGGAGAAAGGGAGAGUUUAUUGUCAGGGGAAGGUGGAGAGGAGGAGGAGGACGGCCAGGAUGAGAACGAGGAGGCUGGGGUCAACAACAGACUGAAGCCGGGGUGCGUGGAGCUGCAGCCACCAUCUCCUCUCGGUCCCUCUAUAAUAACAGAGUAUGGCGACUGCAAUGGGAGGACUCAGACGUACGACCCAAACGUAAACUCCGACCUCAAAGAUGACUUCUCGACAGAGGAUGACUUAGACGAUGACAGUCCUUUCUGCUACUGGGUCCGGAGAGAAAUCCACAACAUCAAACCCCGCUGGUGCAAAGAACAUGAAACAUGGACGCUCUACUUAUUUUCUCCAGAGAGCCCAGUUCGUAUCUGGUGCCAAAGUGUGAUCUCUCACAAACUGUUCGACCACGUGGUUCUGGUUUUCAUCUUCCUCAACUGCAUCACCAUCGCUCUGGAGAGGCCUGAUAUUCAGCUGCACAGCAAGGAGCGAGUGUUUCUGAGUGUGUCCAACUACAUUUUCACUGUGAUCUUCCUAGCAGAGAUGGCAAUUAAGGUUGUAGCUCUUGGUUUCUGCUUCGGGAAGCAGAGCUACCUGCAGUCUAGCUGGAACAUUUUGGAUGGGGUUUUGGUGUUUGUGUCCCUGGUGGACAUCCUGGUCUCUCUGGCCUACACAAGUGGGAACAGAAUCCUGGGGAUUCUCCGAGUCCUGCGCCUUCUACGCACACUCCGCCCACUCAGGGUGAUCAGUCGAGCCCCAGGUUUAAAGCUGGUCGUGGAGACGCUCAUCACGUCUCUCAGACCUAUUGGGAACAUUGUUUUGAUCUGUUGCGCCUUCUUCAUUGUGUUUGGAAUCCUGGGGGUCCAGCUCUUCAAAGGGAAGUUCUACCACUGUGAAGGUCUGGACACUAAAAACAUCACGAACAAGUCUGACUGCCUGCAGGCCAACUACCGCUGGAUACGAAGGAAGUACAACUUCGACAACUUGAUUCAGGCUCUGAUGUCUCUGUUUGUGCUGUCGUGUAAGGACGGCUGGGUCAACAUCAUGUAUGAUGGACUGGAUGCAGUGGGAGUGGAUCAGCAGCCUGUCAGGAACCACAAUCCCUGGAUGCUGCUCUACUUCAUCUCCUUCCUGCUCAUAGUCAGCUUCUUCGUGCUCAACAUGUUCGUCGGCGUGGUCGUGGAGAACUUCCACAAGUGUCGACAGGACCAGGAAGAGGAGGAGGCCCGCCUGCGAGAGGAGAAGAGGCUCAAAAUGAUAGAUAAAAAACGCAGGAGUAAGGAGAAUGGAGGGGCUGAAGCCAAGCAGAGGCCGUAUUAUGCGGACUACUCUCCUGUGCGUCUUUCCAUCCACUCACUGUGCACGAGCCACUACCUGGACCUCUUCAUCACCUUCAUCAUUUGCAUCAAUGUCUUCACAAUGAGCAUUGAGCACUACAAUCAGCCACAGUAUUUGGAGGAGGUCCUGAAGUACUGUAACUACGUGUUCACCUUCAUCUUCGUCAUCGAGGCCCUUCUCAAACUUGCUGCAUUUGGCUUCCAAAGGUUCUUUAAAGACAGAUGGAAUCAGCUGGAUGUUGCCAUCGUUGCAUUGUCCAUAAUGGGCAUCACUCUGGAGGAGCUGAAAAUGAAAGCAGCAUUGCCAAUAAAUCCCACCAUCAUCAGAAUCAUGAGAGUACUCAGAAUAGCAAGAGUGCUGAAACUUCUGAAGAUGGCAAAAGGAAUGAGAGCUCUGCUGGAUACCGUCAUGCAAGCGCUGCCGCAGGUGGGAAAUCUCGGCCUCCUCUUCAUGCUGCUCUUCUUCAUCUAUGCUGCUCUGGGAGUGGAGCUCUUUGGCAAACUGGAGUGCAACGAGAACAAUCCGUGUGAAGGUCUGAGUCGUCACGCAACGUUUGAGAACUUUGGGAUGGCCUUCCUUACGCUGUUUCGGGUAUCCACUGGAGACAACUGGAAUGGGAUUAUGAAAGACACCUUACGAGAGUGCCAGCCAGACGACCGCCACUGUAUCUCAUACCUGCCUUGGAUCUCGCCAAUUUACUUUGUCACCUUUGUGCUCAUGGCCCAGUUUGUUCUGGUCAAUGUUGUGGUGGCAGUUUUGAUGAAACAUCUAGAAGAGAGCAACAAGGAGGCUAAAGAGGAUGCCGAGAUGGAUGCAGAGAUUGCAUUAGAGAUGGAAGAGGAGAGACAACGCAGACAAAGUAUAACAUCCAUCAAAAGCUCGGUUGGAGGGGCCCAUAUUGGGUCAUGUCCCAAUUCACCUGGAGAGGAGGAAGCGGAGCAGUGCAAUGACCAGGACCUGCUGUCCACACAGAAGAUGUCUGUGUCCAGGAUGCACUCUCUGCCGAAUGACAGCUAUAUGUUUCAACCUGUACGCCCUGCCAGCCCCCCCUACCCUUUAAAGGAUGUAGAGGCCAGUUCCCAGCACCAGUAUUCAGUGUAA